UCGUUGCAGAACUUGUAGUGAAAACAACAUUGCGUAACCAAGAGGAUUUUCGAUUUUGGAGAAGAAACAAAGUAAAAAUUAUUUUCGAGUUUUUAAGUAAAAAUACAAAGUAAUAGUAAAAAUAAACAAGAACAAGAUGGCAACCAGCGCUUAUGAAUUAUCAAAGACUUAUCGUUAUCGCAAAGUGAUGAAACCGCUAUUGGAGCGUAAACGUCGUGCGCGCAUCAAUCAAUGCCUUGACGAGCUCAAAGAUCUAAUGGCUGAAUGUGUGCAACAACAAAGUGGCGAUCCGGAGAUGAAAUUGGAGAAGGCCGACAUUCUCGAAUUGACUGUUGAACAUUUACGUAAAAUGCGUCAGCAACAAACAACAGCCAAGCGCAGCGAUGAAGGUGCACGUCAGAGUUUCCGUUCCGGUUACAUUAAGGCGGCACAUGAAAUCUCACGUUGUCUCGCCACACUACCGAAUGUGGAUGUCCAAUUGGGCACACAGUUGAUGACACAACUCGGUUUGCGUUUGAAUCAAUUGGAGUCACAGUAUCAGGAGGUGCGCACCGCUGUCAAUCAGCCAUUGAACGUAAUUUGCGGUGCAGCUACAUCAACCGCUAGCGUCGCCUCCAGCAUGUACAGUCCGGUUUCCAGCGGUUAUGCUAGUGACAAUGAAUCGACUACCUCCAGCCAAACGGCAGCCAGCAGCAGCGGUCUAUUGCAAGUCUCCUCAACAAGUGUCUGGCGUCCUUGGUAGUAUAUCAGUGGCUAACAGACUUAUAGCUUUUAGUCGCGCCAAUCACUGAGCUCGAGCAUGGACUUAAUUAAACAAUCGACGGUCUCAUUUAGUUUAAGUGAAAAUUGUUUUUUAAUUUUAAUGACAUAAUUUUUUAAUGUAAACUGUUAUUAGCGAAUUAACUUUAUAAGAAACUCAAGUAGUUUUUUGAACUGUGAUAGGAAAAGCUUUAGUUACAUACAUACAAACAAUUGUACUGCAGUAAUAGUAUUAGUAUUUAAGUGGAAAAGAAUACUUAUACGUAUGUAUGUAUAUCAAUAUAUGACUCAAAAAUGAAAA